CUCCCCGGCCCCGCGCGGCGCUCGCGGCUCUCCUCCGCGGCAGCGGCGCCGCCUGCACUCGGCCCGGCGGCGGGCUCCCUCCCAGGGCGGCCGGGCGCUCCCGCAGCGGGGACGACGCUUCCCCCGCCCUCGCAGCCUCCGCCGCGUCUCCCGCGCUCGGCCGGUGCCGCCGCUUUGUGCGGGGCCAUGGUGUAGCGCCGGCCGCCGGAGGAGGAGCCGCGCGCCGCCCGCCGCCCGCCGCCCGCCGCCCGCCGCCCGCCAGCCACGUCCCCGCCCCCGGAGCACAGGCCCCGGCUCCGCGCCCCCCGCGUCCCGGCCGCCGGCACCAUGAGCGAACAGAGUAUCUGUCAGGCAAGAGCUGCUGUGAUGGUUUAUGAUGAUGCCAACAAGAAGUGGGUGCCAGCUGGUGGCUCAACUGGGUUCAGCAGAGUUCAUAUAUAUCACCAUACAGGCAACAACACGUUCCGAGUGGUGGGCAGGAAGAUUCAGGACCAUCAGGUGGUGAUAAAUUGCGCCAUCCCUAAGGGGUUGAAGUACAAUCAGGCUACACAGACCUUCCACCAGUGGCGAGAUGCCAGACAGGUGUACGGCCUCAACUUUGGCAGCAAGGAGGAUGCCAAUGUCUUCGCAAGUGCCAUGAUGCAUGCCUUAGAGGUGUUGAAUUCACAGGAAACAGGGCCAACAUUGCCUAGACAAAAUUCUCAACUGCCUGCCCAAGUUCAAAAUGGCCCAUCACAAGAAGAAUUGGAAAUUCAAAGAAGGCAGCUGCAAGAGCAACAACGACAAAAGGAGCUGGAGCGCGAGCGGGUGGAGCGCGAGCGGGUGGAGCGUGAGCGCCUGGAGCAGGAGCAGCUGGAGCGUGAGCGCGAGCGGGAGCAGCGGGAGCGUGAGCGGCAGGACCGGCUGGAGCGAGAGCGCCUGGAGCGGCUGGACCGAGAGCGGGAGCAGCGUGAGAGGCAGGAGCAACGGGAGCGAGAGCAGCGCGAGAGGCAGGAGCAGCUUGAGCGCGAGCAGCUGGAAUGGGAGCGGGAGCGUGAGCGCAGGCUGUCAGCCGCUGCUGCCCCUGCCUCUGCGGAGACUCCUCUAAACUCUGUGCUGGGGGACUCCUCUGCUUCUGAGCCAGGCUUGCAGGCAGCCUCUCAGCCGGCCGAGACUCCAGCCCAACAGGGCAUUGUCUUGGGACCACCUGCACCUCCACCUCCCCCUCCGCUCCCCCCAGGUCCUGCCCUGGCUCCAGCAGCGCUGCCCCCCCACCCGGGGCCUCCACCCCCCCCUCCGCUCCCCGCUUCAGGACCUCCACCACCACCCCCUCCACCCCCUCUUCCUAAUCAAGCCCCCCCACCUCCCCCUCCGCCUCCCGCUCCCCCCCUCCCUGCAUCUGGAUUUUUUGCGGCAUCCGCGUCUGAAGACAAUCGCCCUUUGACUGGACUUGCGGCUGCCAUCGCCGGAGCGAAACUGAGGAAAGUGUCCCGGAUGGAGGAUGCCUCUUUCCCAGGCGGAGGUGUGAACCCAGCCUCAUCUAAGUCAGACACAGGUCGUGGGAAUGGACCCCUUCCUUUAGGAGGCAGUGGAUUAAUGGAAGAAAUGAGUGCCCUGCUGGCCAGGAGGAGAAGAAUUGCUGAAAAGGGAUCAACAAUAGAAACAGAACAAAAAGAGGACAAAAACGAAGAUUCAGAGCCUGUAAUUUCUAAGGCCUCAUCGACAAGUACACCCGAACCAACAAGAAAACCUUGGGAAAGAACAAAUACAAUGAAUGGCAGCAAGUCACCUGUUAUCUCCAGACGGGAUUCUCCAAGGAAAAAUCAGAUUGUUUUUGACAACAGGUCCUAUGAUUCAUUACACAGACCAAAAUCUGCAUCUUCAUCACAACCCAGUGCCAAUGGCGUCCAGACGGAGGGGCUGGACUAUGAGCGCCUGAAGCAGGACAUUUUAGAUGAAAUGAGAAAAGAAUUAACAAAGCUAAAAGAAGAGCUCAUUGAUGCGAUCAGGCAAGAACUGAGCAAGUCCAAUUCUGCGUAGAGAAACAAACCAAGGAGAAAUAGGACUUUAGUCUGGAGAAAGAAGAAAGACCCCUGUGAACAACAGCCGUUAACAACAAACCCCUACAUUUUGUGAGCUGUGAGAAGAAAGUGGAGACAAAUAGUUGGAAGGAGGAAAACCAACAUACUUGCAAGCCUUCAGACGCUAUUACUCUGGCGAUAAGCUAUUUCCCUCCCAGUUUGCUGCUUUUUUCUGACCUUUUCAACAGGAUGGAAGAGUUGGAUGAGAGUUCCUAUUUAACAAUUAAUGCAGAAAAUACUAAACCCAUCAGGCAAGAUCGCCGUGCUUUGAAAUAUUUUCAUGUCAAGACAAAACCGCACGUUUUUCACAAUCCAUUGCUAAAAUAAAGAGGAGAAAGGCUUAAGAAGUUUGUUUUCAGAGAGUGCUGAUGAAGAAUUUAGCAAGUUACACUAUUGUAAAUGUUUCUCUCAGGUUUGUCUUCCUAUCACAUUUGAUAUUCCGUGAGUAAUGGAGAUCAGCCCUGUGUAGGUUAAGAUCAUAAAAUGUGGAACAAAUGGAAUUGUAUGUGCUUUCAAAGGGUGAUAUUUAUAAGAAAGUGUCCUAAAAAUGAGUUGUCUGGCUUGAGGAAUCUUAGAAUGAUAGGAAGUCUCUCGAGUUAGCCUUCAUGCAAUUUUGUAGAUUAAAACGUAAAAUUCGUCCAGAAUUUAAAGAUUUAGAUGCCUUCCUAAAUUGUUAAAAUGCUUUACCAAAUCUAUGACUCCUACAUAACACACACCAGUGGUCAAAUGUAAAACAAUAUAUUGUAGACUUAUUGUAGGUUUUCAACCUUUUUUAGAUUUAUGCAUGUGGACAUUUUUAUAAUGUAAUUACAACCACCACAAAAUUAGCUUUUUUAAUUGCAGACAGUAAUGCAUGUCACACUAAUACGUAGUGGCCUUUUCAAGGCCUGGUCCCAGGGAAAACAUUUUGUAGAGUAUAGGGGGUGGGAGGAAGGGAAGGAAUAAUUUUUCUUUUAAAGUUAAUUUCUGCACUGUCUUUUUUUCUCAAUUACCUGCAUGAAUAAUAAUGAGGAAUAUUUUGUGACUUUAAUUGGUAAAUAUGUUAGCAGAACCAAGUACUCAGUCUUUUACAUCAUGUCUUCAGCUGUUCGUAUUUUAACUUCAGUAAUUUCAAUGGUCUGAAACAUGAUUCUGAGCUUCACAUGGAUUACAUUGUUCUGUGGAACUCAAAAAUUUGAUCCCUGAAUUUGGCAGUUAUUACUACCUAGGUGCCCUGCAGUUGGACAGGUGUUCAGGUACGUGUUCCUGACCAGGAAGCUGCUUUUGAAUUUUGUUACAUGGAAACACAUGAAGUAGUAAUGUCAGCAGCAACUGAGGUCACAGACAUCACGUGGCAGAGGGGACCAGCGAGGGGCUCUGCUUGGUUUUCUUGUCAUGAUGGAGCAAGACUCAGGUGGUGGGAAGAAGGAACUAGAUCCUCCACUCACCCCCACAUGGGUGUGGGUGUGUGUGCGUGUUGUGUACACACAUGCAGUGUGUAAUCCACGCCUCACCCCCCACCCCCCCGGAAACUUGUGAAGAUUAAAACAGGGAAGAAAUUCUGUAUGUUGCAAGGAUAGUUUUGUUUUUUGUUUUUUUUUUUUUUAAUUUAGGACAUUAAAAAUUCUCCAGGCUCUCCAUCUUGAUUUCUGCUUGUUAUGUGCCAUAUUUGCUUUGAAAUCUUUGAUAUCUGAAGUUUUACUAAAAUUUUGAAGAAGUAAUCCAUUUUCAUCUGCUUUUUAGAUUUUGUAACCUCAGUUGGUCAGACAGCUUGUCGAUUGCAUAGUUUAUCAUUCAAAAAGAUUUGAGUGAGGGAAUUGUUUUCCUUGUUAAAAUAGUUCCUGUUUCUGUAGAGACUUCAGUUUUAGAAUUAAUCUGUGAUGGAUGAGCGAUCAUAAUUCAAGUCUACAGUUCUGUUUUCUAUCAACUGUUCAUUGUUAGGAGUAGGAAAGGCAUUCAAGCGGCAGCAAGCCUCUAAAGUAGCGUCUUCUAAAAGAAAUAGGAGGCACUUUGAUCUUUAUUAUUGUACUUUUGGUUAUGCAAACACUUUGAUGGUAUAAGUGUUUUAAGUCCCCUAUAAAUCUGGUGAGAAAUCACUUGAUUUUGUCAGUGAAGUUAGUCUCUAGUAGGAUAGAAUGCUGGGUACAAGUGGUCCAAAGUCAGAUAAAAGACUACAGCAAAACACUAGAUCUUCAAAAGGAAUUGGUUUAUGCACUAAAUGUCUCGUGCCUUGGUCUGAUCCUCACGGGAUGUCUGUGUAACAGGACAGAACCAGUGCUGGGUCACAUUGUGUUCCAUCAGUUUGCGUUUUCCCAGAUUGCUAACUGUGUUCUUCCAAGAAGUUUGAUUCAGUCACUGUACACAUUUACUGUCCUAUGUGACAGUUUUGUCAUUGUUAGAGAUUUCAGUAAUUAAAAUGGGAAGCAGAAGCUUCAGUUACUCUCCUUUAUGGAAGUGAUGCUCCUUGGAACCCAUCAUGACGAUGGUGUUCCUGCUCUUGUAUGCUGGGUGUCUGAAGCUGAGUGCAGUUCAGGGGGUCCUUUCUGGUUACAGGAAGGCACUUCUUUCCUCAACACUGUGAUCUGACCCAUGACAAAUCUGUCCUAUACGCUAUGUAAAUGGCCAACAGUCCAUUGCAAACCCACUGAAUGUACAAAUCUUAAUGCCGGUGCUGAAAUCUCUCCAGAAUAGUCAUCAUGGUUUCACAGUUGGUUCAGAAUUUGCAAGCAUCACGUGUCAAUCAGAACUGAAGAUGAAACACUAAUGAAUGUUGGAUUCCCAUGCUUUAGGUGUGCUUCCUUUUUAGAUUUUUCGGUUCUCUUGCUAUUUUUACCAUACUGUUUCAUUUAAAUUUCCUACACGCUAACUUCGUUUGUGUGAUUGAAAAUAAACUUGCAGUAUAUACAUGUU